AGGAUCUCCAAAUCCAUGUCUACUCAAAACGCAGUUCCCAAAAGCCCGUUUGAGAGAAUGGCUUCGGGUGAAUACAGAUUUCCCCCUCAGAAGCAAUACACACAGCCUGGCAAAGAGUAUCUGAUGAAUCCACCACCCCAAUAUAGCAGUCCAGAUUACAAACCAUCCAAUAAACUUCAAGGGAAGGUGGCUGUAGUAACUGGAGGUGACUCCGGAAUCGGAAGAGCGGUGUGUAACUUGUUUUCAUUGGAGGGUGCUACUGUUAUCUUCACCUAUGUGAAGGGACAGGAAGACAUAGAUGCCAGAGACACACUUGAAAUNGAAAAAAAAAGAUCUCCACAAAUUCUCAGAUUUCUUUUGUAUUGUAUUUAUCCUCUCAUUGAGAGUUAUCAGAAUUUGUACUUGUAA